UUUGGCGUGACGUUAGAGGAUAGGAUUGGAGGGUGGUGCAGGUAUAUAGCCCUCCUUCGGCCUACACUUCCACCUUCUCGCCAGUGGAGUUUCAGCACAGCUUCUGCACCACCCAGGGCAGACGAGAACAUAAACACGAGCAAAAGCUGGCAGGCUGACACGAACAGGCAGCUUUACAGGACGGAUUAUCUGGUAACUGACCAUUUAGCUGUGACACACUCGUACUCCGUGUAAACGUGGGAUUUCGACCAUGAGCUCAGUCGCUGUACUUACGCAGGAAAGCUUCAACGAGCAUCGCUCUGGGCUCGUUGCAGAGCAGGCAGGUGGGUCUAGUUCUGCUGGAGAUGAGGAGGCCCCAGCCUACAAGGAUGCCUUCCCUCCGCUGCCUGAGAAGGCUGCUUCACCCGAGGGGACCCAGGAACCAGUCAAUGCCUGGACCUCCAAGAUCCGGCCCCUCAAAUCCUCUGUCAUCACCCAGGUUUUCCACGUUCCUCUGGAAGAGCGCAAGUACAAGGACAUCAACCAGUUCGGUGAAGGAGAUCAGGCGAAGGUCUGUGUGGACAUCAUGCAUAAGACUGGAGCCCACCUGGAACUCUCCAUGGCUAAAGACCAGGGCCUGUCCAUCAUGGUGUCUGGGAAACUGGACGCAGUGAUGAAAGCCCGCAAGGAGAUUGUGUCCCGACUGCAGACUCAGGCUUCAGCUACUGUGGCAAUCCCCAAAGAACACCAUCGCUUUGUCAUCGGCAAGAACGGGGAGAAGCUGCAGGAGUUGGAGCUCAAGACUGCCACCAAGAUCCAGAUUCCAAGACCAGAUGACCCCAGCAACCAUAUCAAGAUCUCUGGCACCAAGGAGGGCCUGGAGAAGGCCAAGCACGAGAUUCUGCUCAUCUCUGCCGAGCAGGACAAGCGUGCUGUGGAGAGGGUGAACAUCGACAAGGUGUUCCACCCCUUCAUCACUGGUGCCUACAACAAGCUGGUGGCAGAUAUGAUGCAGGAGACAGGAGCCCGCAUCAACGUCCCCCCACCCAGCGUCAAUAAGACGGAGAUUGUCAUUACUGGGGAGAAAGAGCAGGUGGCCCUUGCUGUGGCUAUGAUCAAGAAGAUUUAUGAGGGGAAGAAAAAUGCCACCACCAUUGCGGUAGAGGUGAAGAAAUCUCAGCACAAGUACGUGAUCGGCCCCAAGGGAAACACCCUGCAGGAGAUCCUGGAGAAAACUGGCGUCUCGGUCGAGAUCCCACCCCCAGACAGCAACUCUGAGACAGUCAUCCUGCGCGGGGAGCCAGACCGGCUGGGUCAGGCUCUCACUGAAGUUUACGCCAAGGCCAACAGCUAUACUGUAUCCUCAGUCGAAGCUCCUUCCUGGCUUCAUCGAUUCAUCAUCGGCAAGAAGGGGCAGAACCUGGCCAAGAUUACCCAGCAAAUGCCCAAGGUGCACAUUGAGUUCACUGAGGGCGAGGAUAAGAUCACCCUGGAAGGCCCCACCAAAGACAUGCAGAUGGUGCAGAGUCAGAUGGAAGCCAUCGUCACUGACCUGGUGAGCCGCAUGGAUUAUUUGGAGAUUAGUGUGGACCCCAGAUUCCACAGACACCUGAUUGGGAAGGGUGGUGCCAACAUAAACCGCAUCAAAGAUCUGCACAAGGUGUCUGUGCGUAUCCCCCCUGACAACGAGAAGAGCCACCUGAUCCGCAUCGAGGGAGAUCCUCAGGGGGUCCAGGAAGCCAGUAAGGAGCUGCUUGAGCUAGCGUCGCGCAUGGAGAACGAGCGUACAAAGGACCUGAUCAUUGAACAGCGUUUUCACAGAGCCAUCAUUGGCCAAAAAGGGGAGAAGAUUAAGGACGUUCGUGACAAGUUCCCUGAGGUCAUCAUCAACUUCCCAGACCCGGCAGCGAAGAGUGACAUCGUUCAGUUGCGUGGUCCAAGAAAUGAGGUGGAGAAAUGCUCCAAGUUCAUGGCGAAGAUGGUUGCUGACAUGGUGGAGAAUGGCUUCUUUCUCUCAGUUCCCAUCUUCAAACAAUUCCACAAGAACAUUAUUGGGAAAGGUGGCGCCAACAUCAAGAAGAUUCGUGAGGAAACGAACACCCGGAUUGACCUGCCUGCCGAGAACAGCAACUCUGAGAUGAUAGUCAUCACCGGCAAGAAGGAAAACUGUGAGGCCGCAAGAAUCCGCAUCCUGUCUAUCCAGAAAGAACUGGCAAACAUUACAGAGAUGGAGGUGUCCAUCCCCUCAAAGCUGCACAACUCCCUGAUUGGCUCUAAGGGCCGUUUCGUCCGCUCCAUCAUGGAAGAGUGUGGCGGUGUCCAUAUCCACUUCCCCACAGAGGGCUCCGGCAUCGACACGGUCACCAUCAGGGGCCCUGCUGAGGAGGUGGAGAAGGCGAAGAAACAGCUGCUCUCUCUGGCCCAGGAUAAGCAAACCAAGAGUCACACGGCUGAGCUGAAGGCCAAGCCAGAGUACCAUAAGUUCCUGAUCGGUAAAGGAGGUGGUAACAUCCGUAAAGUACGUGACAGUACUGGAGCCAGGAUUAUCUUCCCGACACCUGACGACGAGGACCAGGAGCUGAUCACCGUGGUGGGGACAGAGGAGGCCGUCAGAGAGGCCCAGAAGGAACUGGAGGAACUCAUCAAGAGCUUGGAUAACGUGGUGGAGGAUGUAAUGAAUGUGGACCCCAAGCACCACCGGUACUUUGUGGCUCGCCGUGGGCAGGUGCUGAGGGACAUCGCUGAUGAGUACGGCGGCGUGAUGGUGAGCUUCCCCAGGAGUGGUGCCAACAGUGACAAGGUCACUCUGAAGGGAGCCAAAGACUGCGUGGAGGCAGCCAAGAAACGCAUGCUGGAGAUCAUCGAGGACCUGGAUGCCCAGGUGACCAUGGAGUGUGUGAUUCCUCAGAAGUUCCACCGUUCCAUCAUGGGGCCCAAAGGUUCCCGUAUCCAAGGCAUUACCAGGGACCACAACGUGCAGAUUAAAUUCCCUGAGCGAGUGGACGGCCCGGGGAAGGGAGGCCCAGCGGCUCCCCCGGCCGAGGCUGCAGUGCAGGAGAAUGGAGAGGCUAACGGAGAGAUGGUUGAAGAGCCUGCAGCACCUGUGGAUCCCACUGCACCGAAGAAGUGUGACGUCAUCGUGCUUUCUGGCCGCAAGGAGCGAUGCGAGGCUGCUGUGGAGGCACUCAAGGCUUUGGUCCCUGUCACCACUGAAGUGGAAGUCUCUUUUGAGCUUCACCGUUACAUUAUUGGCCAGAAAGGAAGUGGAAUUCGUAAGAUGAUGGAUGAGUUUGAGGUUAAUAUUCAAGUGCCUGCUCCUGAGCUGCAGUCCGACAUAAUCUUCAUUACUGGCUUGGCCAAUCACCUGGACCGCGCUAAGGAGGGUCUCCUGGAGCGCGUUAAAGAGCUGACUGCUGAGCAGGAGGAUCGGUCCCUCAGGAGCUUCAAGUUGACCAUCACCGUGGAUCCUAAGUAUCACCCCAAGAUCAUUGGCCGUAAGGGGGCCAUAAUAACCAACAUCCGCACAGAACACGACGUCAACAUCCAGUUCCCGGACAAGAACGACGACAACCAGGACCAGAUUACCAUCACGGGGUAUGAGCACAAGGCUAUAGCUGCCAGGGAUGCCAUCCAGGCCAUCGUGGACGAGCUGGAGGAGAUGAUCUCCGAGGAUAUCACCCUGGACGCCCGCGUCCACGCCCGUAUCAUCGGGGCCCGUGGCAAGGGCAUCCGCAAGAUCAUGGAUGAGUUCAAGGUGGAUCUGAGAUUCCCCCAGCCUGGAGCUGCUGACCCUAAUCAGGUGUUUGUUACUGGUCGUCCUGAGCUGGUGGACGAAGCCAUCGACCACCUCCUCAACCUGGAAGAGGAAUAUAUGGCUGACGUGAAUGAGAAUGAAUCUAAGAUGACGUACAUGAAGCCGACUGGUGACCGCGGUGCGUCCUCGAUGGAUGAGGGAGGACGAGAGCGAGGCUCCUCCAAAGGCUUCGUGGUGAGGGAGGCACCGUGGCAAACUGGCAGUGAGAAGGUGAGAGAGGCCCCAGACAUGAGCAGUUCAGAGGACUUCCCCAGCUUUGGGGCUCCUGUGGCGGCCACCAACAAGGCUUCUCCCUGGGGACCCAAGCGCUUCUGAGCAGAGCUGUGCUGCUACGAAGGAGACAAGACGGCCCUCACCUCCACCUGACGACACAAUCUUCCCCUCCAUCGCCUGCCCCAACCCUAUGGACCUGGACUGACCGCUGACCCCCCCCUCCCUCCCCCACAAGUCUCUGCAGUCCUGGAAAUGUUUCAUGCUUCUCUCUUCUGUCUACAUAACUUGGUUUGCCUUUUUGUAGAUUUUACGGUGUAGUCUGAAAUGCUUUCAACCAAACUGUAUUUGGACCUGUAACUUAAGCUUUGUGUCUUCUUGCAUUCAGUAAUGGGUCUUUCUGUAACAAAAAAAACAAAAAACAAAUUAUACUUAUUAUAAGAAACAUUGCUGGGUUGUUGGGUUAUGUCUAUAUUCAGGUAGACGUUCAGUGUUUUCCCGAGACUUGACAUUUCAUAAUGAUUUGAAAUGUGCUACCAAAUCCAAAGCUGUUAAGGAAACCCAAGCAACGCUUCUUAGGUUUACUGAGCUGCCCCUUAGUUGCCUUUGCAGGGUGUGUGGGGCUGGGGGGGGGGAGAUGACUUACCUCUGGUGACAUGUUAACGUAUGUCUGUCCAUUUUCAGCUUUUGAUUUGAAGUGAAGAAGCUUGACCACCAUGGUGGCCAGCUGUCUGUUUUCAACUACUCUCCUCGUGGAACUGUGUACGUCAUCUCAUUCAGGUCUCAGUCUUAUUGCUGCAUCUGAGUGGUUCUGUCCUCCAGUCUUUCAUCCUGUCUGCUUGUUACUGUGCUUGUGAGGUGUAUGGCCAGGUAGUGAUGUGUUGUAAAUCAUGCAGCCUUAUUAAUUUGUUGAACUUUUUUGUUUUUUGUUUUGGAGGGGUGAUUCACUACAGAUAUACUAUUUCACACACUCUCUCUCAAACUGCCAGAUGCUUUUGGAGAUUGUACUGUAAUCAUCCUACUGCAACACUAGAGCUCCAGAAGUUUCAAUACCCUACACACUAACUGUUAAAGUACCAUACUUGUUCCAUACUGUUUUUGUUUUUUUUGUGACAUUUUGAAAAUGAAGUUUUUAACUCUCUACUCAUGGCUUUUGGAAGCAAAAGAGCAGACCAUUCUGUGCCAAUGAACUGUCUUCUGUCUAGUGAUGUUACUCAUCCAGCUACCUACCCGGGGUCAGUGUCCAGUCCCUUUUUGUCUUCCAGUUGCUAUGCAGAUUGUUCUGUAACCAUAGCAAUGGCCCUCUUAUCAGCCUUAGCUCUAGAGUGAUAUAAACCAGACCCCAGAGGUGAUGUCACAGUCCCGAGGAGAUCAGGAGGUGUACAGUACAAUGCUGUGGAUAAAUGUUCAAUCGUCUCAUUCAGUUCAUGGCAGUGGGUGGGUAAUUUUUUUUUUUUUCACCCGGUGAUGCACACUUCCUGAAAGAUAUGACAUCAUUGUCUAAUCCUGGUCUAUAUCAUUCUAGCCUUAUAUGAAAGAUUAUGCAAAAACCAUUACAAGAAGAAGUGAAACAAAUAUGGAUGACACUGGAAAUGAAAUUGUCCAAAAAGUCAAUAAAAAUUGAAAAUGUU